GAUUUAAAACAAUCACAAAUUUAUAGUUUGUCAUACAAUCUUGAUUUCACACAGACAGCAGCAAUACUUGGAGGAAUCAUGGCUUAUGUCAUGAGACUCAAGGUCUUUCUGUUUAUACUAUCAGCCAUGGCUGAAGGAACAACCCAUCCACCGCCAGUUAUAGCUGUUGACGGUCAGAGUUUGACUGACGGAGAUGAGUUUACACUUCCCUACACCAGCUCGACCAACGAGACAUUGGCCCGUGUUGAGUGUAGGGAACCACGUGCCACAGAUCUGGCUACAGGCGUGGAACUUGUGUGCCGAGGUCUGAAAGUACCAGGAGAUGAACAACGCGUGUUUUUGGUGCCGUACAACAAAUAUUCAGAUAAAAUUUUAUGUACCUGCUAUCUACGGUUCGCUUCUGCUGCCAAUAAUAUAAACAUCACUUUUCUACUCAAUAUCGCCUAUGUUCCAGAACAAGACCCCGUGGUCACCAUCGCUGGACAAAUCAUAGACCGAGGCAGCACUUACAGCCAUCAGGCCAACAAGUACAUAACCAACAUACGAUGUAACGUGCCUGAUGGGAACCCACCAAUCAGCAACUACACCAUCACGUGUUCUACAUCUAACGGCUACAAAAGUUCUACAUUGGAGCCUGACGAUGACCUCAUGCUGGAUGUCCAAGGUCAGGGACACGGCAACUGUACCUGUAGACCUAAUCACGUGACAGGGUUGUAUAACAGGACCACCAGCUUCUACAUUGAAUAUAAUGUUCAGCCGUACGUUCCACAAACUGCUCCCAUUAUUUCCGUUGGGGAGCGAGUACUGUCUGAAGGUGAAAUUGUAACCGUCGGAGCGGAGUUGACGAUCAGUUGUGCAGUGCUGGAUGGAUAUCCCCGUGUGGAACAAGUCACAUUCCAGUGCGGACCCUACACUAGAACAGUACUCAACUACACCGGAGAUUUCACCAUCCCUUACAACAAAGUCUACAACCAGCAAACAUGUGUUUGUACGGCCACUCACGUGACUGGGCAGUACCAACGGAACUCUACCAUUCUACUCGAUGUUCAUUAUGCCCCGGUUGUGACGAGAUUUACAGCAAACGGAGUCCAAGGUUUUCUGAAUGUGACAAAACAGAGACAGGUUGAAAUGGUGUGCGAGGCUGAUGGAAACCCACCGCCUUACGUGUUCAUGCAAUAUGUAAACAGCGCGGUCAAUCCAUUUGGAGAUAAUGAAUUGGUGUCAGUCAAGUAUGUAAAGAGGAUUUUCACUGCAACUUCCAACUAUUAUGGGUUCUACUACUGCCAAGUUUUUAAUUAUUACAACUACACAAGUGGAUAUGAUUCUAGAAUGUCAGAAGUAGGUGUUGUAAAGACAUCAUUUCCCCUAAUCGCCACCUACACAGCCAACGGCAACACCAGUCUGUUAAAUAUAAACAGAGACACCAUUGUGACAUUCAGAUGUGAGCUUAUCAGUGAUUAUGUUAAUUACAAUGUCUGGUGGUCGAUCACCGCGAGGACAGGCUACUGUUCACAUCUACUGCACCAGACACCAGAACACACGAAUACUUCGACAGUAAAAACCUACACCCUGUUAGCGAGCUGUGGGUGCAGCGAUACAUAUGAGUGUAUAGCACACAUUAGUACAACCAAUGGUACCACAUCUCGUUUGUUGACUAGCGACGUCAGGUCCAUCGAUAUCCAAUCUAUUGUCGUCAAUGUCAAUUGUCCAGGAAGUCCCCUUAUUGUUACUGUGUACAAUAAUGUUGUAUCUGAUGGACAGAGAGUACAGCUUCAUCCUUUGUACACAUCUGUCGACAUUCAAUGUACAGCUCAAGGUGACAGGCAGAUGGUAUCAAAAGUUACUUUAAAAUGUGGCGAUACAAUCCAGACAAAGAAUGGAUACAACGGAUUGUUUACAAUCCAGUACAACAAAUCAAUGAAUGAACAAGGAUGUGUGUGUUCCGCAAGUCACGUGACCGUAUCAUUCGACACAUCAUUUGUUCUUAGCAUAAGCCAAACGACGCCGAUAAUCGCAAAGUUUACAGCCAAUGGCCAGAGUGCAUUUGUGAAAGUCAAGAGCAACGGACCAAUCAAGUUUGAGUGUAGUACUUUCGACAACAUCACCAAUACUGCGUGGAAUCUGCAGGCAAAAACCUCAGGUAAGACUUUGUACAGUGGAUCCUGUCCAAGCGCAGCUCGAAGCUUUGAAAUAACGACAGCAGCUGAAUGUGGGAAGACGGAGACUUACGAAUGUACAGCAACAUUGGCAAAUAUGCUGAGUGACACACGGACGUUACAAGUGGACGCUGUUUGUAACACAGGUGGUGUUGCUGUACCAAGAAAUAUCCUACUGGUUACGUCUCUGGUCCUGGGCUGGACAGUCCUGCUAUGGUGUACAGCCUGA